AUGAUCAGAAAUUUCGAGAAAUACCCUCGAAAGAUAAUCGAUCCGCUAGGAAUGCCAUACGACUACGAUUCAGUCAUGCAUUACCAUAAACUUGCAUUUUCACGAAAUGGUAAACCCACUAUAGUGCCAAAAGACCGUAAUGCCGAAGUUGGACAACGGUAUAAACUUAGUACGAUUGACGCAAAGAAGGUAAACAAACUUUACAAAUGCGGAGAAGAUACCGAAACCACGGAGGCUAGCACCACCACUACCACUGAAGAACCGACUACAGUCACUACUACAACAGAGUCCCCAACAACCACCAAGAGGGAAAGACCUACGAGACCGGGACGAGAGAGGGUGAUUUGA